GAGGAGGCCGGAGGGUCCAGGUCAUUUAGCCCCGAUGCAGCCGAGCAGGAGACGCAAAAUCGAGUGGGACGGCUUAGCUGGGAGCUCACCUGCGAAAUUCUGCAAGAGCACCGAAGCGCCGGCCCGGGUCCCUGCUCGCCCGAGGCCCGGCUGCAGCGGGCCGGCUGCCUUGGGGAAGCCUCGAGUCUUCGCCUCGGCGUCUUCGUGCAGGGCAUUCUCCCGCACUUCAUUCGCCGCCGAGGCUUCUUCCUCUGAUGAAUUUGAAGUAGACGAUGACCUCAGCGGUGGGCAAGACGCUCCUGUCUUCUUCAGCUUUCUUCCAAAGCCGGCCGCUUCCAAGAUGCCUACGAAAAAUAUGGCAUUUUCCUCUCAGGAAUCUCUGAAACUGAAGAUCAAGCAAGAAGAUUGCAGUGAUACAAGAAUAAACAUUGCAGCAGUCCCUGAAAGAAAAAGUGCUUUAAAAGAAAAGCGGGCUGAAUGUGGCCGGAAAAGAAUAAAAGGCCAAGAUCAGGAUGAGGGAUCUCGAUUAAUAUAUCGUAAAGCUCUGCUGAGUGUACUUGGGGGACAAUUGCAAGCCCAAAGAAAACUUUCAUCUCUAAAUGGAAUUCAUAAGGAAAGCCCUUCUAAAAAAGAGGAACUUGGAUCAAUUAACAACCUGAGACAAUUUUCAGUAGUAUCAGAAAUUAGAGAGCAACAAACUGGAAACAAAUCACAUUUUUUGAAAACUGCACCAAAGGAACGUAUUAAUAUUUCUGUUAAGCAAGGCAAUAAAGAAUCAUGUUGGUCAGAUGGCAGUUCAAGACAUGUAUCUGUAAUGUCAAGUUCAGAAGAAAAAGAACAAGAAUCCAACAUUCAGAAAGUUUCUUCGAAAUCAGAAAACUCUGCAGAAUUGUCAUUUGGGAAAAAAUCAGAACUUCAACAGGACUCCAACUUCAAAAAAGCUACUGCAAAAAAAGAAAAUAAAACUUUGAAGUACAGUACAAAAGAGAUUUCUAAACCAGCUGGUUUAACACUAAUUUCUAUUGUAUCAAGACCAGAACGUGAAACAGAUUUUCAGAAGGAUCCCAGCAUUGAGAAAACUGUUACAAAAACAAAUAAUAAAACCGUGUAUAGUGUUAAAGAAGUUUCCAAACCAAGGCAUGGUUCAAAACAUAGACAUAAACAAUCAAAAUCUGAAUAUGAGUUGGAAUUUCAACAGGUUUCCAGCUUUAAGAAGGCUGUUAAAGAAACAGAAGACAAAAAUUCUAAGUAUAGCAUAAGAGAACCUUCCAAACUGUUGGUUAGAUCAAAGCAAAGUCAUCGACUGUCAAGACUUGAGGAUGAACUUGAUGUGCAAGAAGAUUCCAGUGUUGAAAAAGCUUCUACAAAAAAAGAAAAUAAAACUAAGGGUAACACGAGAGAAUUUUCCAAACCGAUGGUUAUUUCCAAAUAUGUUCACAUAGAAUCAAGUUAUGAAGAUGAAGUAGAACUUUAUCAGGGAUCAGAGGACUCACAGGUUUCAGUAAAAGAAAAAAUAGAUGUUGGGCAGAGUAAAACUUGGAAAGAAAAUUGCCACUCAGAGCACAAAUUUAAAAGCAUGUCUAGCUGUUCACAAAUUGGAGAACAAAAAGAUAGGCAAGUCUCUCCUAAACAGCUAAGUAAAACCUCUGAUGGGAAUAUUUUUGCCAGCCAAAGUAAAAAAAAAUAUUGGAAAUCAGAAACCCACUUGAGAAGCAUAUCUGAAAAUUCAAAAUAUGAAGCUGAAGAGACCAAGCAGAAUAGCAACAAUCAGAAAGCUCUUAUAAAAGGCGUUAGUACUUCUGCAAAACAAAAAAACAUAGCAAAAGACAAAUUCAUUUCCUCCACUUCAUCUAAUACACAAAGUGAUGCCACAGAGAAGUUUGUGAAUUUCCAGACAACUGUUACUGUUGAAUCCUCUCAAUCAGUGUUUAUGGAUGAUUCGGAAACAGAUCAAAAGUGUAUGGAGCCCAAGAAAGAACUUUCAGCUGAAAAUAGUUUGUCUGACACAGAAGAUGGAGGACCACUGGUUACUUUUUCACAAGAAGAUUCCAUCCCUAACCACAGUCUUUCAGAACCAAUGGAAAUGUCAUUGUCAACAACGGAAUUUGUGAUGUAUCCUCCUCAUUUAUACAGUCAGAAAAUGAAUGAUUAUGCAAAAUACUGGACAAGCAGUCCAAAGCCAACACAUUCUUUUUCAAGCCCCACUGAAAACACUUCAUAUUCCAAUAAUCUCUGUGAUAUUUCUUUAGAAAGACCAAUAAAUACAUCAAAGGAUAAAAAACCUUCAGUGCAAAGUAUGCAAGAGAGAGAGUGGUCACAUGGUUCGUUAUUGGACUAUAAAGAGAAAAAAAGGCACCAUAGUAUGGAAAUAGGAACAUAUAUUCCUAUCUUCUCUUCAUCACGCAAGUCAGAUUCUUUCAUUAAUAAUUGUGUAAACCAGGAUUUGCCAAGGAGAUUGCCCAGAUAUUUAGAAGAAGGGUUUAUUGACACACACUGCCAUUUGGACAUGUUAUAUUCAAAAACAGGUUUCAGAGGCACUUUUUCUGAAUUUAGGGAAAUGCAUAGUAGCACUUUUCCUAAAGAAUUUCAGGGCUGUAUAGCUGACUUUUGUGACCCUCGUACUUUAAAAAACAACUUAUGGGAAGAUUUAUUAGAAGAAGACAUGGUUUGGGGGGCAUUUGGCUGCCAUCCACACUUCGCUCGUUAUUACACAGAAGUUCAUGAAAGAAAUCUUUUGCAGGCAAUGAGACACCCCAAAGCGAUUGCCUUUGGCGAAAUAGGACUGGAUUACUCUCAUAAAUGUAGUACAGAAAUUUCAAAGCAGCAUAAGGUUUUUGAGAGGCAACUGAAUCUAGCUGUUUCCUUAAAGAAGCCAUUGGUCAUACACUGCAGAGAUGCUGAUGCUGAUCUGUUAGAAAUCAUGAAAAAAUGUGUGCCAAAAGACUACAAAAUACACAGGCAUUGUUUCACCGGCAGAUAUAGUGUCAUUGAACCACUUUUAGACUACUUUCCAAAUCUGACUGUUGGAUUCACCGCGUUGCUGUCUUACCCAUCAGCAAAUGAGGCUAGAGAAUCUGUUCGAAAAAUCCCAUUAAGUAGAAUAGUGGUAGAAACAGAUGCACCUUAUUUCCUUCCUCGGCAGGUGCCAAAAAGUGUAAGCCGGUUUUCUCAUCCUGGAGUAGCUCUGCACACAGUGAAAGAAAUUGCCUAUCUCAAAGAGGUGUCAUUACCUGUCAUGUUAGCUGUUCUAAGGCGAAACACCAACAAAAUAUAUAACUUGUAAGAAGGUGCAUCAUAGAAGAGGGAAGAACUGAAGAGGAAAUGCUUUUGUAAAGUUAAUUUGAUCCUUUUAAAUUUAUUUUGUAAUGUAAGUAUAGAUCUGGAUUUGGAAUACCCUUUAAUAUCGUUUUUUAAUUCCUCCAAUUCUGUUAUUUGUUCCUGCUGUUUAAUGUGCCUCGGAUGUUGAUUUUAAUUCUAAGAGCUUUGUUUUUUUAAUCUUGUUAAUCCUUGGGGGCACAAACUCAGUAUUUUAAUUUUUCAAAAAAGAAAACAGAAACAAACCUGAAGUGCUCUUAAAAUUAUCAAGCUAAAUCUCAGUAUUUCUUCUGAGCAGCAAAAUCAUUCAACUGCUGCAAUUAAACAUUACCUAUUUAUCUAACAUAUGUAGAAAUAACCUCAAAGAAGUAAUGAAGUGUAUUUCCUGUUUCUGAUCAGUUUUUUCAAACAUACUAACACAUUUGCUCUUUUCACAGGAUAAAAGUAAAUGAUGAAUCAUUUUUUAAAGAGACACAAAUAUUGUUUAUGAAUACUUACUGAAAGUCAUAGAAAUUCCCUAGCUGCAUUAUGCUGAAGUGAAAAAUACCUGCAUGCAUACAGGUUAAUGAAACAAAGUUAAGGGAGUAAAAUAAGGUAUCAAGAUUAUUCAUUAAAGACUAAUUGACUUUUAA